GCAGUGGGGAUGCUGUCUGUGAGAUUGGGGCGGUGGCAGCGCGGAGAGGGCGGGCCCAGGGGGCCGGGCUUCCCGGGGGAGGGCUCGGCGCGCUCCAGGAGGCGGUGGCCCGAACCCGGGAGUGGUAAGACUCCGGACCGAGCGUGGCCGAAUCCCCCUACCCACCGAGGGGCCCUGAGAGGACGCGGCUCUCUCAGAGAAGAAAGCAACUUCCUUCUAUGGACUGAGAGUCAGUUGGUCCUGGGAAGAGCUGAGACCUUGCCUGGAGUCAGGAGGCUACAUGUCACUGUGUCAUCUUGUCCCCGAGGGAGGGAGAGAGAGACUUUGGGGCAGAGUCAUAGUGGCAGCUUGGAGACUUGGACGCGGGUCCUUGAAGUGAUCUGGAGACCCCAGCACCACAUCUGCCACCAUUCCGUGCUGCAGGGACACCAUGGCUCCAGAAGAAGACUCAGGAGGGGAGGUCUUAGGAGGCAGUUUCUGGGAGGCUGGUAACUACAGACGGACGGUGCAGCGGGUUGAGGAUGGGCACAGGCUGUGUGGGGACCUGGUUAGCUGCUUCCAAGAACGUGCCCGCAUCGAGAAAGCCUAUGCCCAGCAGCUGGCCGACUGGGCCCGCAAGUGGAGGGGUGCUGUCGAGAAGGGCCCACAGUAUGGCACUCUGGAGAAGGCUUGGCACGCUUUCUUCACUGCGGCUGAGCGGCUGAGCGAGCUGCACUUGGAGGUGAGGGAGAAGUUGCAUGGGCCAGACAGCGAGCGUGUGCGGACCUGGCAGCGAGGGGCUUUUCACCGGCCCGUGCUGGGUGGCUUUCGGGAAAGCCGGGCUGCAGAGGAUGGUUUCCGUAAGGCCCAGAAGCCCUGGCUGAAGAGGCUGAAGGAGGUUGAGGCUUCUAAGAGGAGCUACCACACAGCACGCAAGGACGAGAAGACAGCCCAGACCCGGGAGAGCCACGCGAAGGCGGAUAGUUCCAUGUCCCAGGAGCAGCUUCGAAAAUUGCAGGAGCGGGUGGGACGCUGCACCAAGGAGGCAGAGAAGAUGAAAACCCAGUAUGAGCAGACCCUGGCAGAGCUAAACCGCUAUACCCCACGCUACAUGGAGGACAUGGAGCAGGCCUUUGAGAGCUGCCAGGCUGCUGAGCGCCAGCGGCUUCUCUUCUUCAAGGAUAUGUUGCUCACCCUGCAUCAACACCUUGACCUUUCCAGCAGUGACAAGUUCCAUGAACUCCAUCGAGACCUGCAGCAGGGCAUCGAGGCUGCUAGUGAUGAAGAAGAUCUACGCUGGUGGCGUAGCACACACGGGCCUGGCAUGGCCAUGAACUGGCCACAGUUUGAGGAGUGGUCCUUAGACACACAGAGAGCAAUCAGCCGGAAGGAGAAAGGUGGCCGGAGCCCUGAUGAGGUGACUCUGACCAGCAUUGUACCUACAAGAGAUGGCACCGCACCUCCACCCCAGUCCCCAGCAUGCCCAGCAUCUCCAGGCAGUGGACAAGAUGAGGACUGGUCAGAUGAAGAGAGUCCCCGGAAGGCUGCCACUGGGGUGAGGGUGCGGGCGCUUUAUGACUAUGCUGGCCAGGAAGCUGAUGAGCUGAGCUUCCGAGCAGGGGAAGAGCUACUGAAGAUGAGUGAAGAGGAUGAGCAGGGCUGGUGCCAGGGCCAGCUGCAGAGUGGCCGCAUUGGUCUCUACCCUGCCAAUUAUGUGGAGUGUGUGGGCGCCUGAGUGCCCUGACUGCACUAUUGCAGCGUCUCUCUAACCUCGGCCAAAGCUCAGCCUGGACUUCCUGGACUGCUGGACCUGAGGGCCCUGAACCUGCUGCUGCUGUCCCUCUGUUUCCGGAGGAGGGAAGGUGUCUUAGGGCCCAUGAAGGGGUCUGUGUCUAGAAAGAGGCCAACAGGGUUUAGGUUGAGGGCAGGAAGGGAGGUUAGAGAGACACAGGGGCCUGGGCCUCCCGGGGAGCAUUUGGGUCACCCCAGGAGUAGGGAAUCCAGUCCCUAAACUAUUUGGGAGUUCCUGGGUUGAGGUUGGGGAGAAUGUAGUUUGGGGCUAGCAGCACCCUCUUUUGUGACUUGUAGUGUGUAUUAAACUUGAUCAAGAAUAAAAACCCCAUCAAGUGUU